CACUCCCCCGCGCCUCGCGCGCGCGCCGGGGAAAACGUUGCGCAGGUUCUAAAGCGGGGCGGGGGGAGGGGAGGGGGCGCGGUCGCGCGCGAGGGGGCGUGUGAGGGGGAGCGGCGGGUAACGGCCGCCACAGCCGCCGCCACAACCACAGCCCGCCCGCCGGCCCGCUCCCCCGCUCUCCGCCUGACCAGAGCCGGCUCCCGCGGUCCGCGGGGCCAGCGCCGCUAUCCCGCCCGCUGCAUGGAGCUGUCGGCCAUCGGGGAGCAGGUGUUCGCGGUGGAGAGCAUCCGCAAGAAGCGCGUGCGGAAGGGUAAAGUAGAAUACCUGGUGAAGUGGAAAGGAUGGCCCCCAAAAUACAGCACUUGGGAGCCAGAGGAUCAUAUCUUGGACCCUCGCCUGGUAGUGGCUUAUGAAGAAAAGGAAGAGAGAGACCGUGCAUCGGGGUACAGGAAAAGAGGCCCCAAACCAAAGCGCCUCCUACUACAGCGGCUGUAUGGCAUGGACUUGAGAAGUGCUCACAAGGGAAAGGAGAAGCUCUGUUUCUCUCUUGCAAGGCGGUUUGGAGGAGGAGACAGUAGCCUGGCAGGGGCCAAGGCAGGGCAGGCAGAGUUCUCAGAGAAGACUGGGGGAGCGGUCCUGCCAUUCUCUCUGCGGAAGCAACGCAAAAACCAAAAGUACCUGCGGCUGUCGAGGAAGAAGUUCCCCCGCAUGGCGAGCCUGGAGAGCCGAAACUGCAGGCAUGAGUUCUUCUUGAAUGAUGCGGUGGGCCUAGAGGCCAGGCAGGGCCCUGAGGACUGGGAGGCUGUGCAGCAUGCCAGCAAAGAAGGAGAUGUGGAUGGCAGUCUCCCUUGGAUUCCCACUGUGCCUCCCAGUGAAGUGACAGUGACAGACAUCACGGCAAACUCCAUCACCGUCACUUUCAGAGAAGCACAAGUGGCUGAGGGUUUCUUCCGAGACCGGAGCGCGCAGUUCUGAAUCUCCAUUUUCAGUGCUCCCCAAAACCAGUACUUUUAGGGUAGGGCUAGGGAAGGGUUAUUUUAUCCCCUAAGGAAAAAAAAAAAAUCCAAAAUAUCGUAAAAUGUUUACAAAGACCUUUAUUUUUUUUCCUUCCCCUCUCCUUUUUCCCCUUUCAGAUACGCAAAAAAAGAGCAGCGUGGGGGGGUGUGUGUGUUUGUCAUUGCUUUGUCCAUCUGAAAAACUGACAGCCCUUUUCCUGGCAAAGACUCCCCUCGUAGAUGUGAGAGCAGCGAGCUGAACAAUUCACCUUUUAUCCUGCUAAGUGGCGGCAGCUGCAUUUGUGGGGAAGAGGGCAUGUGGAGGUGGAAAGAAAGCUGGAUGUCUAGCCUGCCACCUUGUUCUGCAAUUGAUAUCCCUUGGAUAAAGAUACUUUCCUGUGCAUUACUCUUCCCACCUUCCUCCUCCCUCUCUUUCUGCAGCAGUGAGAGGCGAUGGAUCCUACCUGUGUAGAUAACUCCAGCCUGUUAAGACUUUCUCUCCAGUCCUGUUUUUCCUGUGGCCUGCUGUCAGGACUUCAGAACUGUAUUUGCCUGUCUGUGGUAAGUCAGUCUUUGCAGCACGGGGUCAGUAUAGACAGUAGAGGUUUCUCCCUUUGAUUGUUGAUGAUGCAGAAAGACUGAAAUGCAUCUCUGAAAUCUAGAUUGGCGACAUAAAUUGAAUUUGCCCUCAUUAAAAGCUCAUCAGUGCCAUGCAGUCGAGACAUACCAUUCUGUAUAUGCUAAACAUGAUUUCCAGGCUCAGCUCUGCAGUAUGAGGAAUGUGUGAUGGAAAAGGGGGUGUUCUUACCCUUUGCCAAAUUCAGUAUUGAUGACAAAUACUGCCCUGAAUCUGUGGUAAUAAGUUGGUUGAAAGCUGACUCCUCUACCCUGGGUGGAGGGGCUUAAUAGGACAACCAAAGCAUUGCCUGGCACUGCAAAGACAUCCAAGGUGCUGGCACAGGCCCAGGACACAGGAAUUGGACAGAACUGAGCUAGAAAUGGACCUCGAUUAGCAGCAAAUGCUCAUCUUGGAUCCCAUCGAGAGAUACAAGGUAAACAACAUGUGGGGAAAGCAAGCAUUAGACUCAAGGAGGGGGGAAAAAAAAAUCUCUUAGUUCUUAGCAAUGAGAAUUCUUGGAUUGUAUUGCCUGAGUAAUAUUCUUCCUCGACUCCAGCAUCCUCACAGUAUCUGUGAUCCUGUACUACCUUACUGAUGGGAACUUCCCCUUGGAAGGCUCAAAAAUCUUUGCCAAGGAAAGUGGUCUGCGUUUCAAUAGACCCUGCCUGAUCUUGCACUUAAAAAUGCCUUGUGCUGGACUGCCUGUGACACUUUGAGGUUUUUGAAAAAUUUGCCUAUUUUGAGUUGGUAGUUUAGCAUAGCAUCUGUUCUUGCACAUGCCUGUUCUCUUCCAUUUUUUUUUAAGAAGCAAAUUUUAUUUAAAUAACUUGAAAUUUUUAAAUAUAGAUCUUUUCCUAUGGAAAGUGAGAGAAGUAAGCUGAGUCUGAGGUGGAAACUAUAGGGCAGAAUGCUGCAAGGUAACAGGGGCUACUGUCAUGAUUAUUGUCCUUAAAUCUUUUGUUUCCUCUCCCCACCCCAUCCGAAGCAUUUCUUAUCUGUUGUAUUUAUUCUAAACAAGGCUAUGAGCCUCCUGAGCUCUGAGGUAAAGACACCCAUGGGAAUCCUCAAUGUGCUCCUUGGAAGGGCUUGGCUGCUGGCCUGCAGAUUUUGGGAGCUCCGGGGCUUCUGAUCCGCCAAACAUCUGCUGCUUGUAGAGUGCUCGCACUGCCCCAUGGUGGGGGUUUUUUUUGGUUGAAAAACAUGUUUUACCUCAGAUAAGAUACAACAGCUUUGUGUAGGCUUAGGAUUUCCCCUUCUAUCUCAGAGCUGUUUGAGCAGGCCCAUAUUCCACUGUGUCACAGCAGUUUCAGGACCACUGGGAAGCUCUGGAGUUUUUGGACUACCCUUUUGUCUCUCAGAUGUGACAUGGGAGUUUUAUUAUGGUGAAAUACGAGAGGGUGAACAGUGGAAGCUGGAGGGAAGGGAAUUAUGUUGUGGGAGGAAGAGUGAGUGGGAAAGAAGCUUGCAAUAGUUAGCAAGGGUAAAUUGAUGAAGUAAGCAUACAGGCUCAGGAUGUUUGAAUGUGGGUGUCCAGAGUGAGGCUUCUGUAUCUGCAGGUGCACCCUUUUCUGCAGGAUGUGGGGUCAGACAGUGUUGUCAUCAUCAUCCCCAUGCACACUCACACACCCCCUCUUCCCGAAACCUGCCAAUGUGCGGAAUACCCAAAUCUCUCUUUCGUUGUGACCUGUGGACACACUACAUGGCUGAGUCCACUCUAGAAGGUUGUAGCAGGUCAAGUAGUUAUGGUUGCAGAAGCAAAAUGUUUUAGCUUAUUUUUAAAAACAGUCUUGAACACCAGCUCAUCCUGCUUAAUCUUCAUGGCAUUUAUAGCAUCUGGUUUCUUUGUUCUAAUGCAGCUACUGCUACAUUUGUCCUGUCUUCAUCUCAGUGUACAAAUACACCAAAAAAGCUUCCUAUUUACUAAGGUUCCUGGCUUUGGCUGACAUUGUAAGCAAUAUCAAUCCUGCACAGGAAAGAGCUUGUCCUAAUAAACUGGAUUUCCAUCCUCUGCUUUUCUCUCAGCUCGCCAGCUGAGACUUCUCAACAUUUUGUUUUGGCAUUCCUCUUUAAACAGCUUUUCUUCCUCUUGCAGUGGAGUUUUCAAAGACCUGUGGUGGUCUUUCAAAGAGAAUCCACCCACAGCUUCAUGUCUUAAUCAUUUUUGGAAUCAGGCUAGCUUGUGUUCUGCUGGUGACUAAUCAUCUCCUUACACAAAGCAUUGAACAAAGUACCUGGCUAGCAUGCUGCUUUGUGUACAAGUCAGUGAGGAGUUAACCCUUAUCUCAGGGUAAGACGCAGCAGGUUGCAUAUGCGUGGGUUUGGUUCGUGUGUUAAGAGGAGUUUGUGGUAGGAAACUAAGCAGUUACUGCAUUGGGGUGGACUUUUUUUUUUGACAUGCAUGAAUCCUUGCUUAUCUUAAAGUUCUUCUCGAGAAGAUUUUUCUCUUCAUCUUUUUAAAAUGUGGCUCCUCUGUUUCCAUAUGGUCUGGUGACAUAUUGUAAACUUCCCUGGUAGAGCUGGUCUUUGGGAACUUUAGCUUUAUUCCACUUCUUCAGGUGUAGAGAUGCAUGAGGGUUUUACUUGUGAUGGUGAGAGGUAAUCUGGGUUUACUUCUCCCUUCUCCCCAAUACAGUCCAUCUGCCAGUUCAACCCAAAAUGUGACAACUGAACGGGGCUCACAUAUCCUGAAAAUCAGCUGCUGUGCUCGGAGCUUCGUUAAGCAUUCCCUUUGAUUAGAAAAGCCAGAAUAGCAUCCAGCUGAAGCUGACUUUAAUAAUUCUAUUUGAAGCACAAGCCAAGAAUAGAAAUGGGCUAACUCUCCCAUACCUCGUCUGGCUCUGUGGCUGUAAACAAGGAAAACAAACUUUAGCCAGUGGAAAUUACUGAACUCUACACAAGAAAGAAACUUCUCAAAGAAGAAAUGUUCAAAUAGUCAUUCUUAAAACUGGUUUCUAUGGGAGAAUUUACCAGCCACGUUUAGGGGAACCUAAGUUUUUCCUUCAUAGAGCCUCUCACAGUGAACUUGCUGUAUAUAUAACAGAACAGAGGGCCUUCAUGAGAUUGGGAAACCUUUGUUGUUAACACUGUGUUUAAAAACAAAAGAAGUAUGGAAGGGACUGCCUCUGUUCCUGGAUGGUUAUAAACUCGAUGUUAAUGCUCUGAUAUAGAAGUGAAGGCUUGGAACAGCAAGUUUUAACUUAUAAAUAGUGGCAUUAAGUAGCCUCAUUGCUCCUGCAUGCUCCUUAUUGUCCUGCAUUUGCUCGGGGGUCCUUCUGCUUGUGAAGUCAGACCAAGGUGGUAUUGUGGUUUGUGAUCUUUUCUUUUCUUUUUAAAGCAAGGCCAGGAUAUUACUGUGAGAACACCCCAAAGCAGUUCCAUUUGCCAAAAUAAGCCUAAAUUUGAUACUGAAUUGACCCUUGCCUAUGUUGGAGCCUCAGAUAGAAAGAAACUUGUUGAGAAAUGAAUGGCUUUUUUUGUCGUCGUUAGUGUUGUGAAACUGUCCAGAAUUGUUUUUCUUCGGGUGUUUUGUGACUGACUGAAUGUAUAAAAUUGUUUGUUCACCUCACAGGGGGCCCUUGGCCCCGGUACUGUUUCCUGCUAUAUGCCAGCUAGUGCUGUUUGAUGGUUUCACUACAAUAGAAAAGGGAGGCCUUGCACAGGUGAAAAAAUAGUCAGGUCAGCUCAGGCCAGACCUUUGGUGGUAGCCUCAACAGAGACUGAGGUGCAGAAGAUGGCAGCAAGCGCUGUCAGCCACAUCCAUGUAUUGAGUGAAGCUCAACCUACAGCCUCCUCUCUACCCCUUCCUCUCCUCUCAAUCUUUAAGUAUGUGCUUUCUGAAGGAUAAAAAGUGGAAAACCUUUUCUAAAGUUAAUUGAUAUCGUCCCAUCUAGGGGCAUCUGCUUGUCUGGGAAGGGAGGGAAGGACUUGCUUCAGAGUUGCUCUUGCUAUGCAGUUGAGGAUGGGCCUUUGGGUGAGCUGGCAGCUGAACAACAGGGUAUGUCAGAAGCACAACAGCCUUGUGGUGAAGCCAAUCCCAUACAUCAGCAGGUUGAUGCCCCUCAGAGUUUUAAGUGGGUCCUGUGGAGGGGAGAUGGUCAGCGCUGCACUCACAUUAUCUUUUGGUGUUUGAGAAAGCAGGGGAGAUGUGUAUGUUAACAGCUUGCAUAGGGUAACUUCUACAUGGGAAUGUAUAGCAACAGCACAUCCAGCUAAAGGGAACAGGUCGCUUUUGCUGUGCUUGUCAUGAAAAAGUUUUCCUUGAGGGCGUAGUAAACUUGUUUUGAGACAAUAGCUUAUGAUCAAGAGACUGUGUUCUCCUCUGCCCACGGAACUUACUGUCCAUGCACACAACCUUCUGGUCAGGAUGAGAAAGCCUACAAAACAGCUCCAGGACAAUUGCAUGGAGAGAAAAACAAUCCCUUAAAAUUGAAUUCAGACUCUUCAGAUGCUUUUCAGUGGCAAGCACUUCCUGGAGGGAUGACCUCUUUUCCACCUCUCUUUCCCUUGCACCCUUAAUUUCUUGAAGUACAGCGGCUUAGCAGGGAACAGGUGGGAGAUGAUUCCUAGUUAGCUGGGAGUUGUAGAGAGGAGGGGAGCUCAGUGGGAGAUGAAUUGUUACCAAGUUGGGACAGGGUAGAAGCUUUGCUGCUGAAAUUAUUCCCAUCUGCCCUGGGCUGCUCUGCAAAGUUGCUAGGGGUUGUUUGUCCAAGUCUGCCAGUUGGAUGGUGAAAGGGAGAGCUCGUAAGACCAUUGGGAACCUCUAUUACAGCUUAUCUCGUUACUAGGGUAGCAGAGUUUUGACUGAGAGGGGGAUUUUUGAGGUGGUAGAAAGCCUUUUUUAGUAGUAUGAUUUUUUUAAGCAUAAAAUGUAGUGUCAGCACAAAGGAGCUUUUUGCAAAUCUGUCAAAAUACUAAGCAGCUUUUUUUUUUUUUGCUUUUAAAUCUGAAGUAUGUUUUGAAGCACUUUGGAAAUGCAAAGCACUAGGAGUGUGAAGUACUCCUGACCGUCUGUCUAAAAGUGGCAUUUGAAAAGCAAAAGAUGUAUCUGCUUCAGGCUGCUGGCUGCUUCUUAUCAUUUUUGCAGAGCUGCCACCCAGCCCUUUGCCUCUCCCCUCCCGGCUGAAGGGGGAGCGUGCUCCGCCGUGCCAAGUCAAAGGGGGCUUGCUGAGGGAGGGGAAGAGAUCUGCAAAGGCCCUCGCUCACUUUUGGGCUGCGGGUCGGCUUCCUCACUCCCCACCGCCAUUGCCUGAGGAAAGGGAAAAAUGAAGUUGAGUUUCAGUCUGAGCGGUCUGGAACGACGACCGCUUCUUCCAGCUUUGGAGACACCUUUAUAGAGUUUCCUUUCUGAAAAAUUGCACCUUAUUAGCUUAGUUGAGGAACAGGGAGAUACUUGUCCGUGUUCAGGGAGUGGGGAGAGGAAGAGAGGGUGAACCAGGCACUGUCUUGUGUAGCUGCCAGGCUUUUCCAGAAGCCAUUUCCUCACCUCAUCUGCAACAGAACGGUGACAAAAGAACUAAACUCGUUUUAAACGAAGCUUUUGUUCUGCGUAUCUCAACAACCUUUUGAACAAGGCUGAGGUGAGAGAAUCCUUCUUUCCACACCUCACCAGUUCAUCAGCUGGGGGAACCCCAGUUCUCUCACUGGGUUUCCAGCCCCAACCUUUUCCUUCGGUGUACGCACAUCGCUUGGACUCUUUUGCACACUGACUAAUCUAAUUUGGUAUGCUCCCUUUCAGCUGGAAGGGGGAGGUGGGCAAAGAUGAGGGAUGGGGGCCGUUAGAGGGGAGGGUCCCCGAUUAUUUUUGUUCUCGUCUCUUCGGUUGUUGCUGUUGUUCCUGUCAGCACGCUAGAGUAUCUGAGUCUUUGCACACAGAAAGCUUCCUUUUGCACAGAACGAGCUUCUAGCUUUCGUACAGACUAAUUGAAUGUAUUUGGGGAGGGGGGGCGGGGAAUAGGGAAUAAACCAAUUCCAAACAAACCAGGCAGAGUGGAAUGCCUUUUCCGAGCGAGUACGAGCUGUAAAAGGAGACUGUUGCAGCGGAGGGAGGGCAGGCUGAAGUAUAAUUUGACACAAAGUGUGGUUUUAUUUUUGUACUGAUAUGGAUAAGAGACUGUACAGCAUCUAUUUAUUUAGAUGAUUUAUGUGGUAAAUGUUGCAAACGAUAAUUAAAAUAUUAAAUAUGAGAACUGACAUUUA